GUUUUCUAAAUACAAAAGAUGAGUGAAGGGAAAAGAAAACGCUCAGAAGACGAGAAACCCUUGUGUAAAUAUGGGAGCAAAUGCUACCGGAAAAACCCAGUUCACAUGGAAGAAUACAGACACCUCUCCGGCUUGCUACGGCUGUGGCAAAAGAAUGCAGGAUCCAAAAGAAGGAACCCAUCGUUAAAAGAGAAGUGGGUCUAGGAGCUAGGUGGGAGCACGAAAAAACUGGUUAGCUUCGUAAACAAUUUCAGGAUUCCUGUGCCUACUAUAGAGGAGUGUUGCCUGGAACUAAGAAACUCAACAAAGUGUCUUUCACUUUUAUUCAUUUCCGUGUGGUUACUCUAUAGCAAAAAGUCAUUUUUUUGUCACUUGUUAAAAUGUCGUCAGACACAUUUUUUGAGACGAUAAAGAAACAGGGAAAGUAUAUGUGGAAAAACCCUUACCUCAGCGACGUGGAGUUUGUGUGUACUAGCGCCGGAGUGCAGGAAGUUAUCAUUCCUGCACAUCGAUACGCACUAGCGGUUGGAAGCCCCGUGUUUAAAACUAACUUUGAAGACAGAUGGAGUGCUGAAAAGCUAAAAUUAACUGAUUCCUCCAAGUUGCUGAUCCCAAUAGCCAAUUAUACUGCCGAGGGCUUUAGUGAAAUGCUGCGGUACGUUUACUACGGCGAAGUUGAACUAAGCGAAAGUAACGUCAUGGAAAUCAUGUACCUUUCAGAACAAUACGAUUUGCCUGGAUUGCAAGUAAACUGUUCUCAAUAUCUGAAUGAAAUGCUUCAAGCAAACGAUGUUCUUCAUUGCCUUUUGGAUGCUUUAGAAAAAGGCGAUGAAAAGUUACAGCGCCAAUGUUGGGAAGUUAUUUGCAAGAAAACAGCAGAUGUCGUGGCGUCUGAUUCGUUUUUAAAUGUUACGCAACAGCUGUUGUAUGACAUCCUACGAAGAAAUGACCUGAGGAUAAGAGAAUUGGCUUUAUUUAAAGCUGUUGAUCGCUGGGCAGAACACCAGGCCGGUAGACAAGGCUUACUUAUAGAGGCCGAUAAAGUAGGCCAUCUGAAGAGACGUGUACUUGGAGACCAAGCAAUAAGACUGAUACGAUUUCCACUGAUUCCCCAACAGCAGUUUAUUGAUGAAGUUUUAACAAGAGAUGUUCUUCUCAAAGACGAAAUUCUUGAUAUUUGCAAACAUUUUUCUUCACCAGGAAGUUCUAAGUUAUUCUCCUCAGUAAGGCGUUCCCCAUCCAGGUCUACAUGCAAGAGAUUUAAAUAUUUUGGAAUAGUUAUGAAUGGAAGGAGUGAAGAGCAUUCCCUCUGCUUCAGAGUGAACACUAAGAUCGAUCUGACAGCAGUCAAGCUGUUUGGUGGCCAUUUAAACACGUACACAGUAAAUCUGGUUAUUGAAAAAGAUGGUGUACCUCUCUAUCAGCAGGAAACUCGUGAAUUUUUAAGUGAAUGGUUUGAGGCAGUUGAUUCAGAAGGUUACUAUGGGUUAAAUGUUGAGUUCGACAACCCAGUUUCCAUACACCCAAAUGAAAACUACACUAUUAAGACUAUUAUACCUACCUGCCCACAUACUUAUUGUGGUUUGAAUGGGGAGCCAUCCAUAAGAUGUGGGGAUGUAGAAUUUACAUUCACAAAUUCUCCUAGCUCAAGAUUAACAAGGGUGGACAGGGGACAAUUCUGUGAGUUUAUAUUUUUUGUUUAACUCAAGGAAAUGAUAUACUUCCUCAAUAAUCAAUAUGUUAUGAUAUCUGUCAAGCUACAGUAUCUCUUAUUUGGUAAGCUGUCUUUGCCUAAAAUCCAAAAACAUGCAACAUUCUUUCAUUCUUUUAGAGAGCAAACAAACCUAUGUUAAAAUUGUUCAAUUUUAGAUUUCAAUUUAAAAAAGCAUUCAAGACCAGAAUUCAGCCAAUUACUGUAUAUUUUUACCCAUGAGCCAUUACGGGUUAUGGCACAUGGCUUCUUGAGUGUAUACUUAUUUGAAAUAGAUGUAUAUAAUACUGUGUUUUAAAAGGCUAUUUUUAUCUUUAACAAUGUCCCUGCCUCAUGGAAACCACAGGAAUCCUCAACAGAACUUCAGGGACUAGUUUGACUGUAAACAUUAUACUUCUUAGCAAAGAUACAGUAUUAAUGUCAGGACUGUAUAUUAAUGGAACUAGUUUAAAAUUGCAUAUUUAGAAUAUGUGUUGUGAGCUCACAACCAUGCACAUUAUGUGAUUAUGUUCACUGCAGAUACCGCGCUACACAUCAGUGCUAAGAUAAUGCACAUUAGAGUAAAUUUGAAGAGUGUAAUGUAACAUUUGAUUUACAUAGAUCUAUUAUGGAUCUUUAUACUCCUUUAUACACCUUAGCAAGUAUGUAUAAGGUAAUGUGUGAUGAACAUUUAUGAUUAAAUCAGUUGUUACUCCUA